AUGGCCGGCCUGUUAGAAGGACACCCAACCACCCAUCUUGGCCUGGUAGUCUUGCUUCUCGCCGGAGUAGUUUUGAUAUGCUUGAAAAUUGCCCCAUGGACCAGAAAGGAGCCACUUUCUCGCUUCCCGGUAAUCAAAUUGCCAUCUAACGACAUGCAACCUGGACUUACCCAGGGAUCAAUAUUGACCAUGCAGUACCCAGACCAGCCAUAUGACAUCCAGGUCCCUGCAAAGCGGAUGACAAUUCUGCCCCGUAAAUACCUGGACGAGAUUAAACGCUUCCCCGAGAGCCAGAUGAGCUUCAAGGCCCUGGUGAAAGAUGCGAUGGUUGGAGAAUACACGCUGAUCGCAACCCAUGACCACAGUCUGGUAACCGCUCUUAGACGUGACCUUACUCAAAACAUAGUUCAUGCUCAUGAGCUUCUACAAGAGGAAGCUGUCUCGGUAGUUAAUAAGAAGCUGGGGUUCUGUGGGAAUGGUAAGUCAUAUGGCCCCAUCUUUGAACAUGAAGAAAGGUCUUGUAAUGUUGAAAAACCCAAAGACUAUGCACCUGUGAAACUCUUGCCGACGCUUCUCGAGAUGGUGUCUUCUAUGACAAGCCGUGUUCUGGUUGGUUUGCCGCUUUGCCAUGAUAAAGAAUGGCUGGGAUGCAUGUUGAAAUAUACGGAAGAUGCUUUCAAAGCCGGUAUGAUCUUGUAUUUGACCCCCAACAUAAUUCACCCGCUUUUGAACAUCUUCCUCCCACAGCUAUGGGCCGUAAGGCGACAUUAUUCUACCGUAAAAAGAUUACUUGGACCAAUACUUCAAGACCGCGUGGAGAAGCUUAAGGAUCCCGACUAUAAACCACCUCGCGACAUUAUUCAAUCUUUCAUAGAUAUCAAUGAAGAGAAAGGAAAAUCUCUAGAUUUUCAAGCAACAAACCAACUCAUGGCCGCUUUUACGUCUAUGCACACAACCUCAAUGAAUGCGUGCCAUGCAUUAUUCCAUCUAGCUGCAGCACCAGAAUACAUGGCUCCCUUAAGAGAAGAGGUUGCGACAGUUCUAGCAGAGGAAGGGAACAUCACCUCGAAAAAUGCUAUGAUGAAACUCAGAAAACUGGAUUCCUUUCUAAGGGAGACUCAGCGCUUAAACCCGUCAUCUUUCGUUGGCAUGGAGCGUAAAGUAUUAGUCACGACCACCCUUUCAGAUGGAACAGUCUUGCCGGCUGGGUCUACAUUUGGGUUCAACUCCUUCCAAAUAAAUUAUGAUCCUCAACUAUGGGAAAAUCCAGAGAAGUUCGAUGGAUUUAGAUUUGAACGACUACGUGCGUCUGAGGGGAACGAGCAUAAAUACCAGGCUACUUCUAUUGGACUUGAAAGCUUAUCCUUCGGCCUGGGAACACACGCCUGCCCAGGUAGAUUUUUCGCUAUUAACGAGAUUAAAAUCCUUCUUGCUCAUCUAAUUAUGAAUUACGAUUGGGCAUUCCCGGAGGGUCGAGGUCGGCCGGAGAAUAUCACUCUUAUUUCGGCUCUUCUCAUAGACCCAAAUUCGGAAGUGCUAUGUAGGCGGAGGCAAUGA